UAUAUAUAUGGGCGACACGGAGCGUUUUGGACACGCCAGCCACGUCAGCCUGACACACAUGGACCCCACUCCCUCCCUACUAAAAAUCCCCACUCGAACCAAACCCUAGCUUCACUCUCUGCUCUGCCUCUCGUCGCUUCCCUUACCCUCUCGACCCGCUCCUCUCUCGAUGUUGAGCUUAGCGGCGGCAACACCGGAUUGGACAUCGAGGACGAUCCCAUUGACUGGGAUGCCUUCGUUCGUGAGGUGGAGGCACACGACGUAGUGCAGCUUGCCCUGUGCAUCGCUCUGAAGCGGCGGCGGGUCGACACGUGUGGUUGCUUAGGCUUAGCUUUGUCACGUGUCCCGUCAUCGUAGCGCCGACAUCGUCCCGUUGCGCACGGCACGCAGCUCCACGUGCUCCAUUAUGUUGUCCUGAUGCCUUCCAACUCCUUUAGCGGCUGUCCGAAUCGGAGGCGUGUGUCGCUUGUCGCAUCUUCCUCUCGGUGGCUCAAAAGAUCAAAACUAAUUUUAUGGUUAGUUUAGAUUUUUUGAUAAAGAGAUUAAUUUGGACGACUCUAAAUAAAAUAUUUGCUUCACUUUUUCCUCCUCGGUUCGAAAAUAACUGAAGUUCUACGCUUGAUCUAACUCAAAUUUGGUUAGGUUUGACCAAAUUUAUGUAAAAAUACAAUAACAUCUACUCGUAGUAGAACACCAGUACAAAAAAAAAAGUACUAUGUUUAUUUGAUAUUGCAGACCUUAUCACACUUUUUAAAUAAAUUUGAUCAAACAUACUACAAAUUUAAAACUUUAAUUAUUUUGAAACAGAGGGAGCAGGAAGAAAAUUAUGCCAGAACACACGACCAGCCUGAAGUAUUUUGUUUUUUUGAGAGAGAACCAACGAAGACUCGACGCGGUCCGUAAUCUGUUUUUUUUUUUUUUGACGCGACGCAAUGGCGAUACGACUCGACCAAACCUCGCUGCGUCGGUCGGACCGGAAGGAACAGCUGGCGUCGAUCGGUCGGUCCGUAGUCUGUACGCUACCAUAUACGUAGCGCGCACGCUACAGUAUACGGCGUAGAAUACCUAGGGCAGAUCGCAAGAUUUCUCGCGUAGAAUACCUAGCAUUUUCCUCCCAAAACCAAUCGCAAGAUUUUUCGCGCGAACUCGAAUCUCCAGCUCUCCGCUCCGAUCGCCCCGCCGCCAUGGCGCAUCACCCACGCCGCAGCUGCCUGCGCCGUGUCUUGACCAUCGCCGGCGGUGUGUCAACCGGCCUCAUCCUGCUCGCCGGCGGCCAUACCUACGCCCACGGCCAGCUCUUCUCGCCGUCCUUGUUGCCCCACGGCCUCGGCGGCGGCGCCGACUGCUCGCCCUCCUUCGCCCCGCCGCCCUUCGCCCCGCCACCCUUCGCCCUCUCGCCGCUGCCGCCCUACCUCCUAUCGGAGGCCGAGGCCUCGCCCCCGCAGCCGGAAGCCAGCCUCCCGCGCCGCCUUCUGCCCGUUCGCCGCUCGCCGCCGCCGCCCUGCCUCCCCGCGAACUCGGGGUCGGAGGCCGACCGCUCGCCGCCGCAGCACGACGACGCGGAUGCCGUCUUGCUCCCGGACGGGGAGGUCCUUCUCCUGGCUGACGCUGAGCCUGGCGCCAAGGCGACGUGCGCCUUCCAGGGUGGGGCGUCGUCCCCGGCGAGCACGCUCGGGAGGCUGCCGGGGUCGGGCCGCCACGCGUACGUAUGCCUAAUGCCAGAACCUGCCCGGAGCCUCCAGCUGCUCCAAGCGCCCCUGCUGCUCCCCGCCUCCGCUUCCUCUGCUGAUUGCCCUGACCGCACGUCGUUGCUGAAUUGGAGCGACCGGAUCGCCUUCACCUCUGUAACUCUCGACAGCGGCGAUGUCCUCGUCUUUGCAAAGGGCGUCAACCAUGCUGCUGGCGCAGUCCGGUGCGUCUAUCGCCACUGCGGCGACGCCCAUGGCGUGGCGGCAUCCUUCCCUGCCAUCACCUCCGUACAGCAGGUUACCAGGUGCCCUGCUCCACCCAUGCUUCUGAACUCCAGGAAAACAGAGUUCCGUGUCACGGUGGCAGCCACCGGCGAAGAUCCGAUCCCCUCUAUUGCGACUUAUCGUCCACAGCAGAGUGAAAGUGGCUUGGUGGUGACACCGGCCCGAAAGAACCUGAUUUGCGCUUGCACUAUGGUUCACAACGUGUCUAAGUUUCUUCGCGAAUGGGUGCUGUAUCAUGCCGCUGUCGGGGUAGACCACUUCAUCCUGUAUGACAACGGAAGUAAGGAUGAUUUUGCAGAACAAGUGGCCCACUUGAGGUCAGCCGGAAUCAGCAUCUCUACCUUGCCUUGGCCGUGGAUCAAAAUGCAGGAAGCCGGCUUCUCCCAUUCUGCUGCAACGCACCAGAGUUCUUGCAAGUGGGUGGCAUUUAUAGAUGUCGACGAAUUCAUUUUCUCGCCCAACUGGAAAGGAUCCGAGAAACCGUCAAAAUCAAUGCUUCAAGCUAUUGUUCCGGUUGAUCCAGACGUCGGGCAGGUGUAUCUGCCGUGCUUUGAUUUUGCCCCCUCUGGCCAAACAUCACACCCACAGGAGGGUGUCAUCCAAGGAUACACAUGCCGCCUGAAGAAGAUUCUCAGGCACAAAUCGCUGGUUCUUCUUGAUGCGGUGGACCAUUCUUUGGAGAACGCAAUUCACCACUUCACGCUCAAGGCUGGCUUCAGAAGCAUAUGGAACAUGCAGGCGCGUGUCAACCAUUAUAAAUACCAGGCAUGGAGUGAGUUCAAGUAUAAGUUCAAACGACGAGUAUCCGCCUACGUGGCUGACUGGAGAGAUCCGAUCAACCUUGAGUCUGCUGACCGGGCCCCCGGCUUAGGAGUUGAUGGUGUUGAACCGGUUGGUUGGGCACAAAGGUACUGUGAGGUCAAGGAUUACCUUCUUCAGGAAUUGAGUGCAAGAUGGUUUGGCACUGGACUAGGAAGUCCGGGAUCUCAGGAUACUUAGGCCUGGCUUUAUCUGUAACCUGCGGGUGUCUAGAAGGAUCUAGAGGCAUUAGAGAUGGAAUUGUAAUCUAGUUUAAACCUGUCUCCUUGCCUCCCAAGAUCAAUCUAGAAAACCGACCUGUACAUCGCUUGCCACGUUCGGCACCAAUAAAUAAACAUCAGGCGGCCUCCAAUGGAGCCCUUCAUCCACACCGCCACCGCCAUCUCUGAGAAUUCUUGUCCAGCACUGAAAAAUCCAUUCAUAAGGUUCAUAGGAUGGCAGAAUAAGUUUGCGGAAGGUUUUUUUUUUGGCACUACUGGUUUUUAAAGUUUUCUGAAGGUAUUUUUUUGGAUUGGUUUUUUGCUCAUCUGAUUUUUCUAAAUGCUCUUUCUUACUGAACUAGCUUCAGGGCAGAUGGCAGGUUUUGUACUAAUUUCUUGAAAAAAAUGUGCUUUUUGCAGCACCAUCCAGUUGAGCCAUGAGAUUUAAACCAAUGAAUUCUGUUCUACAUGACAUUGAUAUACUAUGUUUUGGUAAUAUAUACAGGAUUAGUUCUGUUCUAAGGCCAUCAUAUUGUCACAGUGAUGAGUUGAUAGUAGCAUCUGCUGGGAAUCAAGUGUUACAUGGGUGCUGGAGAUAGGGUCUGCUAUGGCCACGUGGAUGUCAUGACUGAAGCAAUUACAUUAUCAUUCCAGGGUCUACUAAGGCUCUAUUUUAAUCAUACGAUGAGUAUGUGGUUCGCAACAUACUCACAAAGUUACAAAUCUGAACCGCCGGUUAGUUUGUUGGCUAGCAGUAUGAAUCAAAACUGGGGCUUUUAUCUGUUCCGAAGAGUAUUUUUUUUAGUGAUUUUGUGUGCAUUUAUAAAAAUUUGAAGGUGGUCAUGAUUAGGCUGACCGGUAGGCUUUUCUUCUGCGUUAACAGAAGAAGGAAGAUGGUACCUAAUAGAACCAAAGUAAUCGAUCCUCUAAACAUUUGUGGAAAUAAAACAUAAUAGCUUUGAGAGUAGUUCUGAUAUCAUAUUGGAAAUAGCAUCCAGGUACUUCCCUUUUUUUCUUACCAUGUGCUUGCAGAGUAGUUCUGAUAUCAUUUUGGAAAUAGCAUUCAGGUAGUCAUGCGGUGUUUUCUGUGAUCCAAAUAAGAGCACACUUGCCUUUGUUUUAAGAUACAGAUUAAAUGUUGACAACUAUAUUAUUCUGAUUACUUAGUCAAUGUAUUAAUAAUAGUCUGGUGCAUGCCGACACUUAUUCUCUUAUCCUUUCCUAAGGAGCACUUGUAAGGAUCUAAGGAAACGCCUUUCCUUCCCAAGCUUAUCGACUGCAUAUCUCCUGGUCCUGUUGUCUGAUAUGUCGCAGUUAAGUUAUUUGUUAUCUUGUUCUAUAACAAUGCAAGGCUUGGAAGCUGAACUAGGAACUAUGGCCUUAGUGCAUUGAUCUUGCCUUUAUUCCUGGGAGCUGAACAGGAAAUUAUAUCCUAAGUGCAUUGUUUACCUUUAUUCGAUUCAUAUGUGUUCAUCGUUUAGGAUUUCCGAUUCUAGUGACUGAGAAACGUAUUUGUAAAUUCUGUAUUUGUUCAAAAUGGAACCACCUUUCUUUUGUGUGUUCAGAUAUGAAGGGUCGCAACUGUAGGAAAGACUUGUGUGGUUGGGAAGGAAUUAAUACAUCACAGUGCUCCCUAAGAGGGCACAAGCUGCUGCCAUGGUUCCUGAAACGACAUCAUUCUCUGCAAUCCAGUGCAUGGGAAUCUGCUCAGGAUGUGCAAGUACUCUUGAACAAACUUUGCUGAAUUUGACAGGAAGAAUCUCUGUAUGCUGUUUAGAGAGAUUAGAAUACUUUGUCACUUUCUGAUGUUUUUGCAGAAAUAGUGAAUCAGGAAAAAAAAUCUCAAUACUUU